AGCUAUCCGGCGCCGAAACACCGAUAGACACUCAGACGAAAGAGCCAUGGCGGCCACGGGUGGAGGGAAAAUUAGAAGCAGGAGAUAUCAUAUCGCCUCCAAACCUUACGCCAAGAAUAAACAGCAACAGUCAGGUCUCAUCAGUCGAGUGACAGAUACAGUAAAGAGCAUCGUUCCCUCCUGGCUGCAAAAAUACUUUAAAAAUGGAGAUACUCCUGAAGGGGGAGGGGCUGCACAGGGGUCAGAUCAGAACACUGUUCUGCCUCCACCUCCUCCAAAUGGCAAUGAAGAGGGACCACCUCCACUUGAUGGACGGGAUUCCCCAGAGCCUAGCACCAGUAACACAGAGCCCUCAACUAGCCGGGCGUCUUUGAACUUUCAGGACUAUGUGCUUUCACGGCCUCCUCUUAGUCGCUCCCAUCUCCACUUUCCCCCGCUGGAUGCCUCCUCUCCUGUCCUAGGAGCAUCCAGCAGCCUCUUUUCACAGCCCUCGACCUCCUCAGCCCCUGGACCCUUUUCCACAGGCUUUUCCUUGGUCAAAGAAAUCAAGGACAACCUAUCACAGCAUGAAGAUGACAACAUCUCCACCACUAGCGGCUUCUCUUCCCGCGCCUCUGACAAAGAUGUUCCCACUUCUAAAACGGCAUCACUUCCCCAACUUUGGUCCCCAGAAACAGACAGAACAAACUCUGGGUCUCACCCCACUCAGUCCAGUCUAAAAAGGCCGGCUUUCAACCUGUCUGUAUUUGGGACUUCCUCCAAUUCUACAUUCAACAACUCAGUGCUAAACUCCAGCCAGCUUGGAGAUUCACCCUUCUACCCCGGGAAGACGAUGUACGGUGGGGCAGCUGCAGUCAGGAGCUCUCGCGCACGUCCUGGAACACCUUACCAGGCCCCAGUGAGAAGACAGAUCAAGGCAAAGCCUGCUGGAGCUCAGCCUUGUGGAGUGACCAGCGCCACAGCCAGACGCAUCCUGCAGUCCUUAGAGCGCAUGUCGAGCCCGCUAGCUGAUGCCAGGAGAAUCCCAGCAGCAGCCUCAUCCCCUCUUUCAACAUCGAUGGAAGGCACAAAUCUAGACGUUUCUGUUUUCCACUCAAAGAAGAAACGGGUGGAUCCCUCCCUUCCACCGGUUCAGAAGCUGGUGGUCCCCGCUGCAGCACCGGUGUCAGGAAACCGCUCCGUGUCCUUUAGGCCUACUUUGACUCCUGGAGGAGUGAACAGAACUGUGGAAAGAACCCCAAGGGAAACGCCAACAAGACAAUCACCACAACUACCUGAAGCAACCCCAGGCCCAUCUCAAAGCACAACGGGUUUCAGUGGGUCAGCCUAUCCUCUGUCCAGCACCCCGGCAGUCAGCGGUGUGGGUUCUGGAGGGGGCAAGAUGAAGAGGGAGAGGACUACUGCUCGGCCUUCUUCUAAACGCCCUGAAGAAGAUGAGGUUGCAGAAGCACCAGACCUUCCAACAAUUUCACUUCCUAUCAGCACCUCUGCCUUACCUACCUUCAGCUUUACCUCCCCCCUUCCACCAUCCACUGCAUCCACCUCCAUCCGCAUCGCUCCCAAUGUCACACCUGUAACUCCUGCUAAGGAAGCAGAUAAGGAGCCACAGACAGCCUCGACACCACCAUCUGUACCUUUUACAUUUUCAUCUCCCAUUGUCAAAGCAACUGCUACCAGUCCUCCAUCAUUUUCUCCCUCAGCUGGAUUCACUUUUAGUGCCCCUGUAGCAAAGUUAGGUCCCUCCAUGUCAAAUGACAAGAUGUUCACUCCUACAGCAGCAGCAGCAGUAAAGCCAGCAGCGAGCAAAAGCACAGAAGAUUUUGAAGGACCUUUCAAACCAGCAAAGACCCUGAAGCAGGGCAGUGUGCUGGAUCUUCUCAAAGCUCCUGGUUUUGCCUCUCCUGUUCCUCGGACUUCUCCGAACCCAGAAGACGCUCCACAGCAGCCCUCCACACAAUCAACUGCCCCCCCCUCCUCCUCCUCCUCCACCACAACAACCUCCUCCUCCCUUCCUCCGUCGACUGGGUUUGGGGAUUUAUUCAAACCCCUGCCAGGCUGGAGCUGUGAUGUUUGUUUGGUUCAGAACAAGCUCUCGGAUACAAAGUGCGUGUGCUGUGCAGCCCCACAGCCCACUUCCUCUUCAUCCAAAUCUACAGACUCUAAACCAUCAACAGCUGCUUCAGUGGGGCCUGAGAGCAGCAGCAGCUCGACCACAACCUCCACCACUACGACCACUACCACAGGCUUUGGCACAAUGUUUUCCAAACCUGCAGGGACGUGGGACUGUGACACGUGUCUGGUUUCAAACAAACCUGAUGCAGUGAAGUGUGUGGCCUGUGAAACGGCCAAACCUGGGACGGGGCUUAAACCCUCAUUGACUCUUCCCUCUGCCUUCUCAGCUGUAAAGACUGCACCCAUCCCAACAGCCCCAGUUUCUACUGGGCUUAUCGGAUUUGGAGACAAGUUCAAAAAACCUGAGGGUGCGUGGGAAUGUGAUACAUGUUGUGUACAAAACAAGGCGGAGGACACAAAGUGUGUGGCCUGUACAAGCGCUAAACCAGGGGCGUCUACGACGUCCACAGCAUCUUCCACAGCAGCCCCCUCCUCAGCCAGCACUGCUCCUGUGUUUGGGCUGGGGGAUGCGUUCAAGAAGCCAGAGGGCGCCUGGGACUGUGAGAUCUGUCUGUUACAGAACAAGGCUGCUGAUGUGCAGUGUGUGGCCUGUCAGGCAACUAAACCUGGAGCUAAGGUGGAGCCCAAAGCUUUUGGUUCAGUGUUUGGAUCGUCAGCAGCUGGGGCUUCAGGCUCCUCCAUUUUUGGCUCUUCUGGAGGUUUUAAGUUUGGCACGUCAGACAGCACCUCGGGGUCCGGAUCUGGGGGUUUCAAAUUCGGAGGCUCAUUUUCAGAGUCCUCUUCAUCUUCAGGUGGAUUCAAAUUUGGAAGCUCCACAUCUGAAACCACUUCUAAAGACACUACUGCCACAUCAGGGUUCAAAUUUGGCAGCUCAUCUGAGGGCUUUAAAUUUGGGGCUGCUCCCUCUGACGACAAAAAGUCAGACCCAGAACCUGCAGCAAGUUGGUCCAAGUUCAGCACAAGCGGCAGGAUUGUGUUUGGAACUGGAUCAUCUAACAAUGAGAGCAACUCAUCCAAGAGCGGCUUCACUUUUGGACUGUCAAAACCGGAAGAAAAAACAUCAGACACCACCACCACCUCCUCAUCCUCUGUCAGUGUCACUCCUCCUGUUUCUUCUGAAGAGAAAAGUGAAAGUGUGACGUCUUCAAGCAUUACAUCUACAGACACCAGCUCAUCAACAACCACAACCAAAACCACGGGCUCUGUCUUUGGGAGACUGGGUGAGCCCAGUUUGGCCACCACCACCUCCACAACCACCACACCACAAGGGGGCUCCACGUUUGGCUCAGUGCAGACAGACAAACAGCCAGGCGCCCCUACGUUUACUUUUGGGAAGCCAGAGGAAAAGAAGGAAGCUGCUGCCCCGGCUCCCUCUGCCUUCGUCUUUGGUGGCGUCAGUAAAGAUGCAGAUGCUGCUCCAGCAGCGCCCUCUACAGGGGGAUUCUCCUUCAGCAAACCCAGCACACAAACGCAACCUCCCCCACCUGUGUUUGCUUUUGGCAAACCAGCAGACAAGAGCGAAACUACUUCUGCUGAGGCCCCAAAGCCCACUUUUACCUUUGGACAAACUGCUACAGAUUCUUCUGCUGCUCCAAAGCAAGCGUUUUCUUUUAUGGUUAAUAAUCCCACCACAGACUCCACCACCCUGCCCUCCUCCACCCCAACACCAAAUUUGUUCAGCGGUUCCACCACCAGCAGCAGCAGCUCCACUCAGGCUCCAGCUCUUUCUGCAGCUCCCAGCACUUUUAUGUUUGGUCAGCCUGCUGCGACCUCCACCGACGGUCCUCCAGCAAAAGCGGCCUUCGUCUUUGGUCAGAGCCAGGACAGCCAGGCUCCUGCACCGUCAGCUGCUCCACUGAGCUCUGCUCCAGCCCCCGCCCCAGCUCAGCCCUUCAUAUUUGGUGCCCCUGCCAACGCUGCUCCUCCUGCUGCUGCGCCAUCCUUCGGGUUUGGAGCAGCAGCGCCCUCUGCUGACUCAUCUGCAGCUCCAUCAGCAGCCCCCUCCCCAUUCGUAUUCUGCUCAGCCCCUUCUGCUGGAUUCGGGGCCAACCAGACUCCUUCAUUCGGCUCAUCAUUUGGAUCCCCUUUCACAGCCACAUCUUCUCAGACCCCUGCCUUUGGGGCCAAACCUAACUCCACCCCAGUCUUUGGUCAGCAGGCCAACUCCACACCUGCAUUCGGGGCGACUUCUAAUUCUGCACCAGGUGGAGGCUUUCAGUUUGGAGGAGCCAGUGCAUUUGGAGCUACUAACAACACCUCAGGUGUGUUUACGUUUGGAGCAGGAUCAGCAGCUUCUCCUGCCCCGGCUGCCAAUCCCUCUAUCGCACCCCAGUCAGGAGCACCCGGAGGUGGAUUCAAUUUUGCUGCUCCACCUGCAUUCAAUAUCGGGUCAGCAAAAUCCUUCACAGCCUCUCCUGCUGGACAGCAAUCCAUCGCUGGACGCAAGAUCAAGACGGCAGUGCGGCGCAGGAAGUAGAGCUCUGUGGACUGGACCUUAAAGUAGACUUGACUUGACUGACUGUUUCCCCUCCAUGAAGGCUGAAUUAAGUCCCAGAAAAGUCUAAACUGGACAAGUGGACUAUGGAUGAAUAGGUGAAGAAGGACAGAGGCUUGGGGCUGAGAUUUUGCUGCAGGCUGGGCUGAUUAUUCAGAGUUCUCCACAUGUAGACCAAAGCUGUUUAUGUGUGAGACUGCCCCAUCCAUAGAACAAACUGUCGACUAAAAAACACUGACUAACUAAACAACAAUCAAACAAGGAUCCCUACAGGUCAACAAGCAAGACAGUCAUAUCUAUAUUUUCAACUACGGCAAAUGUCUGCUCGACUGAGGCAUGACUUUUUGUAAUAAAAUUACAAAGGCAAAAACUG